AGUCUUUCGUUUGAAAAUUAAAUUCUCUCUCUUUUUUUUUUAAAGGAAAUAGCUUUAUAAGCUAAAUGCGUUUUUAACAGUCGAUUUAAACAUUAACCGUUACUUUCUAUGGUAACCACGGGCAACGCUUAUCAAAAAUUCCCUUCCACCAAUCACAGAACGAGAUCUUGCAAACGAGCCAAUCAGCGGGCUCGUUUGUCGUUCCCCAAACAACCGUCCGUUCCACGCAGACACAAGUAGAGAUUUAUCUUGGGAACAUGUAACUUAACACGCUAAUAAUGAGCUGUCGUUUGUUUAUAUUCAUUGUUUCGGGCAUUUAUUGGCCCUAAAAGCGUUCUGAGGGCAGUUUUAACGUUGGGGGAAGAAUGAAAACCCGGGAUUCACCGCCGCCACCGCCGGUUCAUGUCCAUGUACCGGAGACCACACCUGUACACGUUCAUAUGAGAAGGAGUCCCAGCAAGACCCCGCAGAACAGGACAAAAGAUGCCCAGGCGAAGGGAGAAGGAGGGAGGUCAAAGAGUCGGGCGCCUUGGAUUCCUCCAGGAAUACUGUCCUCCAGAAGAGAUGUGGGUUCAUACAUGUGUCAGAGGAGCAGAGUUCAGCAUCAGUCAGAAGGUGGGACUGGCCUCCAGCGUGACGCAGAGGAGCAGGAAGAAGAGCUGGAUGCAGUAUCUAAAAACCUCAGCGUCCUGCUCAGAGAGCAAGAAAGCAACCGUCGAUCAAAGAAGGCGGAUGCUGGAGCUGAAGGCAGAAAGGUGGAUGUGCUCCUGAGAGCGCUCGUAGAAGCAGAGAUCGAUGGCGUAGCGGUAGCCAAUCAGCUGACAGCCCUGAAGGAAACUAUCGACAGCCUUGCUAAGGACAAGCGGCUAUCUAAGCUACACACAGCUUCACUCAGACGGCAGCAGGAGUUGUUGAUAGAGAAGAUAGAGAUGUUUGACCACACGAACCACAGCCUUCGAGAGCUCCUCAGAGAGUGGAGUGAACACGAGAGAGAAUCGCUGGUGUGGUCAGAACAGAAAGAUGCCUUGAAGAUUAGAUUGGCCGACAGUGAAGCAGAGAACACUCGACUUUUAGCCAAAUUCACCAACAAAGAGAAAGAGGCUUUCAAGCUUGCUAAGCAUUUGGAUUUUGAAAAGGAAAAUGUAAAGACGACAGAGGAGCUUUCAAAAAUUCUGGAGUCCACCCGCGACCAUCUGGAGUCUCAGCUGAGCAGAGCAGAGACUGAAAAAAGACAUCUGAAUGCUCAGAUUCAGAGGAUGCAGCAGAGCUACGACCAACAGUACAAGGAGCUCCAGGCUCUGCAGAAGGAGCUGCAGACUGUGAAGCAGCAGCAGAGGAAGGAGGAGGACCAGGAGCACGACCAGCAAGACCGGGAGGCCCUGGCCCUGCUGACCCAGCAGGCCGAGCGAGCCGAGGAAUCGGCCAGGCAGCUCGCCGCCAAACUGCAGGAGAAGGAAACCCAGCUGGCUCAAGCUCUGUCCACAUCCAGCGACUGGUGCCUCCGCCACUCUAAAGAGGCGACAGCUAAAGGACAGCUAGAAGAAGAAGUAUCUGCUCUCAAAUUGCAGGUGGCCGAGCUGAGCUCCCAGCUUCGCUCGGCGGAGGACAAGAGUCGGACGGAGAGGGAGGAGCUCAGGGAUCAGUUUCAACACGUCAGCGCUGAAAACGCCUCCACCAAGCUGGACAACCAAAGACUCACGGUCCAGUUGACGUCGUCUGAGGAGAAGCUCAGAGGUUUGCAGUCUGAAGCCAGGCGGCUGAAAUCAACCAUCAAAAAGCAUGAAAACCUGGUGGAGAAAUACAAGAAGAAGGUCCAGCAGGCUCGUCUGGAAUCGGAGGAGUGCUGCCUGAAGCUGGAGGCGACGCAGAAGGAGGCGCGGGAGGUGACGGUGAGCCUGGAGAGGGAGAAGGACCAGGUGAAGAGGGAGCUGCUGGACCGACUCAGAGGACUCGAGACGCUGCCCGACAAACUGAGGAGGGCCGAGCAGCAGCUGCGAGACGUCCAGGAGGAGGCCGACGUCCACAAGAGGAGGAACGUAGAGCAUAGCGCCACCCUCUCUGAAGUUAGACACAAGGUGGAGCAGCAGGGCUCUCAGCUGGAGAUGUUUCAGCAGAGGAACACGCUGCUGCAGGAGGAGAACAACGUUCACAAAGAGAAAAUGUACAACUUAGAGAGGAAGUUGGAGGACUUCAAGGUAGAAAACAAAGAGAUGUCUGACACUCUCAUUGCAAAGGAAGCGACCAUCCGCAGUGUUCAACAGCAGCUGGAGGAGAAGGUCUGCGAGUGCAACGUCCUGUCCAGGAAGCUGCAACAUACUCUGGAUGACGCACAGCGACAGGUGGACGACAGCAUGCAGAGAGUUUUGGCCAAAGAGAGAGCGUCUCAGUCGAAAGCGUUGGACCUGCAGAGUCAGCUGAGCCGAGCCAAAUCAGAGAUGAGUCAACUGCAGCGAAGCAAGCAGGAGAUGGAGCGUCGUUUCCAGAGUCAGCUGCAGAACCUGAAGGACAGACUGGAGCAGUCGGACGCUACGAACCGCAGUCUGCAGAACUACGUUCAUUUUCUCAAAACCUCAUACGGAAACGUGUUUGGUGACUCUUUGCUCGCAAGCUGACCACUAAAUCGUCCAGUUCGAACAGGCAUCCGAGCCUUAUAACCUCUAUGAAAUGAAUAAAGUGAAUUUUAAAAUGAAAGUUUUUACGUUUUAGUUGAUUGGAAUGUAUUUAUAUGAUUUUGAAUAAAAAAACCUUUCUGCACAGUUGUUGAUUCUGAUGAGAUUUGACACUUUAUGUCUCUGAAUUUUACUUUCCUUUCAAAUGUACAGAAAAUAAAAAAUAACUACAUAAUAAAUAUAAACAUAUUUAGCAUUCAACGCAGCCAAACUGAAUGGCCCACAUGUAAUUCCUAUAUGAAUACCAUAGGUUUAAAAUACUAUAUUAAAUAAAUAUGAAUAUUUUAGAUAGAAUAUAGACUUACUCCCACCAAAUCCCCUUAACCAGUUUGGUAAUUCAAGAUAUUCUUUCUCAUAAAAACCUUAUAGGAGAUAAACUAAGAUAUUUUUUAAAUAACUCAGGUCUGUUCUUCAAUUUAGUAUAUAUAUAUAUAGCAUGUGAAAUGACAAUUAAAAAGCCAGCUGGUGGCUUUAAUGCUGAAUUUUGCAAUGUCUCAUAUUGGAAUUAGAUUUGAAGUUUUUGGAUGAGAAGUGUGUAUUUGUACAAAUUGAGCAAAUAAAUAAUAAACAGGCAGAUUUUUAAAAAAAGAGAGUUUAAGGGAGUGUUAUAUUAUAAUGUGGAGCAAAUGUUAAUGCCAGAAAGACUCUCAGAAGCUAAAGAAACCCAACUGUAAUUAGAUAGUUUUCAUUUUUAUCACAAAAUAACAUUUUGUGAGAUUAUUAAACCAAGAACAAAACAAGUUAUAAUAAGAGUCAAAAGCCUGAUCCCAUAUGAAGCACUGUAUGUAACCUUGCACGUGUCUGUAAAAUGUGUUUAAAAAGGACUGAUGGACCUCUGUCACCUCAAAUAAAACAUGUGUAUAACUUUAA